AUGGCAUUGUCUGGUAUUGUAGCAGGCCUUUGUCGAGAUAGAAACUGUACAAGUUUAUUUCGACCAGCCUUACCUCAAACGAUAUUGAAAGCAGAUAAUUCAGCAAGGUCAUUUAUGACAUUAGCCAAGUACGGAACUAGUAAAACCUUAUUAAGAUGUGAAUAUUUCAAAUCUUUACCUUCGAAUAAUUAUCUGAAAAUCUCCAUAUUAAACAGACAAAUCAGUGAAUACCUCGAUCGAUAUGUUUCCGGAAAGAAUCUGACUCGAGAGGACUGUCAAAAUGAGAAGUGUCUAAUCAACUGGUCUGAAAAUGAAUUUGCACAAUUAAUUCUCUCUAGCUUAGUCACAGAAUUGAUGGAUACACAUCAUAAUAAACAAUUAAGCUUUCUCGAUUUAUCCUUAGAUGAAAAAAUUUAUCUGAUCGCUAUCAUCUGUUAUUAUUACAAUGGUGUAGGUACGAGUAAACUGGAACAUUUUGUCAAUUCUUUCCUUGGUAAACGGCGAGGCUCGCUGUAUCUAGCAAGUCAAGCUCAAGUACAAGUUCAAGAACGAAAUAUCUUUCAUGAAAAGCUAUUGCUAACGCAUUUGAAAAAUGACUUUGAAAGAUUUACUAUUCUGAAGAAAGAUGAUGAACGGUUGCAUUUAUUAUUGGCUAUUCUUGAAGGUGAAAAAUUUGAACAUGAUGCCGGUAGAAAACAUCUCUAUGGAAAUAUUUUUCGAGAUCUUACACGAUUUUCGGUGUUUGGUAAGAAUUCUUUGAACAAAACACCCGUGUUUAUUAUCAAUGGCAUCGAUGAAAAUGGAUAUUUUUUCCAUAAAAACGAAGUAAAUAGGGUCUCCUUGGAAUUAUUUUGUCGUUCGUCUGUAUCACAAGAUAUUCUUUAUAUGGUCAUGGCAAAUCAUUUUUAUCUCUCAGUUUUCUAUCCGAAAAUAGAUGGCAUUAAUAUAGAAGAUGCUAUUAUUCGAAAAGAUAAAUUUCCAACGCAUACGAUCACUUGGAAUACAAAAUCUCUUGUAAAUUAUGCUGAUUAUGUUCUUCAACAAAUGAAUAAAAAUGCCACCGAAACACGUUGUAAACCAUUUACCGAUUUCAAAACAUUGGUCAAUUUUUCAAAUAAGAAAAUCGCUGUAAUUAUCGAAAAAAUCCCAACGCCGAGAGCACUUCAUUACUUUAUGAGCGCAUUGAUUUUAGAAAUGAACAACGAUGCCAAUUCGGUUAAACGAUUUGAAGCGACUUUCGAAAAUGUUCAUGCUGCUUAUGAAGAAUCGUACCCAUCUUACGAAAAGCGUCACAAAAUUAAAGAAUGA